GGCGGGGCUAUGACGCGCCGGAAGUGACGCAGCUGCGGGCGGGUUCCGGUUCCGGCCGCCCCUUUUCUCAGCAGCGAGGCGGCGGGCGCAAACGGUGCCAAGAUGCAGAUCUUCGUGAAGACGCUGACGGGCAAAACCAUCACCCUUGAGGUGGAGCCCAAUGACACCAUCGAGAACGUGAAGGCCAAGAUCCAGGAUAAGGAAGGGAUCCCCCCCGACCAGCAGCGGCUGAUCUUCGCGGGCAAGCAGCUGGAGGAUGGACGCACCCUUGCAGACUACAACAUCCAGAAAGAGUCCACCCUGCACCUGGUGCUGCGCCUGCGGGGGGGGAUCAUCGAGCCCUCCCUCCGCCAGCUCGCCCAGAAGUACAACUGUGACAAAAUGAUCUGCCGCAAGUGCUACGCCCGCCUGCACCCACGUGCCGUGAACUGCCGCAAGAAGAAAUGUGGCCACACCAACAACCUGCGCCCCAAGAAGAAGGUCAAGUAGAGUGGGUAGCGGUAGCACUGCCUGCACCCUGCCCGCACCCUGCCAAUAAAGCAUCACAGAGCUUAA